UACAAAUACCCUACAAUUUAUAAUUAAAAUGCAAUUAAAAAGAAAAAAUAAAGAACUCAAUAUAAAAACUUGAAGCUAAAAGCACAGUUUGGCAGGCAUUUAUCAUGGCUGUGCUAAUAUAUCAAGUGUGCAGCUUCUUCCUUCUCUGCUUUCUCUGCAAUUUUCUUGUCAAUUCUCAUCAUCUCUGUGAUCCAAAAGAAAGCUUGGCUCUAUUGGAGUUCAAGAAAGGGUUUUCAUUGAAUGAAUCUUCGUCAAGUAGUUGCAGUAAGUUGUGGGGGCAAACUUUUUAUCCAAAGACAGCGACAUGGAAGGAGAGCACGGAUUGCUGCUCAUGGGAUGGCGUGGAGUGCGAUGAAGAAGGAGAAGGCCAUGUCAUUGGACUUGACAUCAGCUGCAGUUGGCUCACUGGAACUCUCCAUCCCAACAGCACUCUUUUCACUCUCUCCCACCUCCAAAGUUUGAAUCUUUCUUCCAACUCUUUUAAUUUAUCUCCACUCUCCCCUCAAUUCGGAACGUUUCAGAAAUUGAGGGUUCUGGAUCUUUCCUCAUCCUCCUUUAAAGGGGACGUUCCAAUCGAAAUAUCACAUUUUUCUAAGUUGGUUUCUCUCGAUCUUUCUUCGAAUUACCUCAAAUUCUCCAACUUUGUUAUGAAUCAGCUCGUUCACAACCUAACCAAUUUAAGGAAUUUUGCAGUUGCUGGUGUGGAUCUCUCAGGCAUCACACCCACUUCUUUUACCAACCUCUCUCUCUCUUUAGCUUCUCUUCGUCUUUCUUUGUGUGGGUUGAGUGGGAAUUUUCCAGCCCACAUUAUGAGUCUUCCAAGUUUGCGUGUGUUACAGCUUGAUGCUAACAAUGAACUCAAGGGACAUCUGCCCAUCACUAAUUGGAGUAAAUCUCUUGAAAUUUUAGAUCUUGGAUCAACUAAUUUUUCAAGAGAGAUUCCUAACUCCAUUGGUAAUGCCAAGUUGUUGAGGUAUUUAGACCUCGGAUUCUGCAAGUUCACCGGUGGAAUUCCAAAAUCAAUAGGAAACCUUACACAGCUCAAUUCCAUUGUUCUCUCUGGAAAUAAGUUGAAUGGCCAACUUCCGGAUACAUGGAAUAACCUUCAAAAGCUGACUAAUUUUGUAAUCGAUUCAAAUUCUUUUGAGGGUCAGCUGCCAAAUUCUGUUUUCCACCUCACCCAGCUCUCCAACUUGGCAGCUUCAUCUAAUUUCCUUUCAGGUUCUUUGCCUGCAAAUGUUUCUUUGAAAAAUCUUAUUGAUUUGAGAUUGGAAGACAACUUAUUCAUUAGUGUCAUACCUUGUUGGAUAUAUGAACUGCCUCGCUUAAACUACCUGGAUCUCUCUCGUAACAAUUUCAAUGUUUCCAUGGGGGAUUUCAUAUCCAACUCCUUGGAGUUUCUUGGUUUAAGUGGAAACAACUUGCAAGGUGAAAUCUCUGAGUCUAUUUAUACACAACCGAAUCUUACAACUUUACUCUUGGGGUCGAAUAACUUAAGUGGGGUUUUGAAUUUAAACAUGAUGUUGAGAAUUAAAAGUCUGACAUGGCUUGAAAUUUCCAACAAUAACCAACUUUCAGUACACUAUACCAAUGUUAGCUUUGGGAGUAAUCUUGUUCGCAUUGAUAUGGGCUCCUUAAAAUUAGAAAAAUUCCCCUACUUUUUAAGACAUCAGAAGAACUUGAACCAUCUAAACCUUUCAGAUAAUCAAAUUCAAGGGGAAAUUCCCAAGUGGUUUACUGAAUUGAGUGUUCUGAUUACCCUGGAUCUUUCUCAUAAUUUUUUGUCCUCAGGAAUAGAGCUUCUCAUCACUUUGAAUAAUCUUGGCCAGCUCAUUCUUGAUUUUAACUUGUUCAAUAAGCUACCCAUUCUUAUGCUAUCACCAUUAUUGUACGGAUUUAGUGCUUCAAAUAAUCAACUUAGUGGAAAUAUCCAUCCUUCAAUCUGCCAAGCCACCAACCUUAAUUUCCUAGAUUUGUCCAAUAAUAGCUUGAGUGGUGAAAUUCCAUCUUGUAUGUUCAACUUGAAUGCGCUUCAGUUUUUGGAAUUGAAAAGGAACAACUUUUCCGGUGCUAUUCUCAUCCCACCUCCAGUGAUUAUUGUUUACACUGCUUCAGAAAAUCAGUUGACUGGAGAAAUUCCCCCUUCAAUCUGUCAUGCCACCUACAUUACUAUCCUAACUCUCUCUAAUAAUCACCUAAGUGGUACAAUUCCCCCAUGUCUAACAAACAUGACUUAUCUUUCAGCAUUGGAUUUGAAAAGUAACAACUUUUCUGGGACUAUUCCGACCAUUUUUUCGAGAGGAAGUCAAUUGAGAAGCCUUGAUUUGAACAACAACCAAAUGGAAGGAGAACUGCCACCAUCUUUGUUGAACUGUGAGAAUCUUCAAGUUUUGAACAUUGGGAAUAACAAGAUAACAGGUUACUUCCCUCACUGGUUACAAUCUGCGUCGAGUUUGCAAGUUCUUAUCCUUCGAUCCAAUCGAUUUUAUGGUCAUAUCAACAACUCCAUGACACGGCACUCUUUUCCAAACCUGCGAAUCAUUGAUCUGUCACGCAAUUAUUUCAGCGGGCCACUGCCGUCAAACUUGUUUAAAAACUUGAUAGCCAUGAAACAAGUUGAAGCGAGAAACCAAAAACUGCACCCUUCAUUUGAAUCUGCCAUUCGACCUUUCUAUCAAGACACAGUGGUGGUAUCAUUGAAAGGGUUGGAACUAAAGUUGGAAAGAAUUCUACUUAUAUUCAAAGCUAUUGAUUUGUCGAGUAACAAUUUUAGUGGAGAAGUACCAAAGUCAAUUGGGAUGCUCAUAUCUCUAAAAGGUCUCAUCCUUUCACACAACAAGCUUACAGGCAGAAUUCCUACGUCGUUUGGGAAUCUGAACAAUCUCGAAUGGUUAGAUCUUUCUUCGAAUAGACUAUCUGGUAACAUUCCUCCUCAGUUGGCUGUUCUUACAUUUCUCUCCUUUUUGAAUCUCUCACAAAAUCAGCUCUCAGGACCAAUUCCCCAAGGAAAACAGUUUGCUACUUUCGAGAAUUCUUCGUACAUCGGAAACCUUGGACUGUGUGGGUUUCCUCUGCCAAAAUGUGAUGCAGAAAAGGAUCCUAAACCUCAACUACAACAUGACGAAGAAGAUGACAUUUUUGGAAAAGGGUUUUGGUGGAAAGUUGUGUUCAUGGGGUAUGGAUGUGGAAUGGUAUUUGGAAUAUUUGUUGGGUAUAUUCUUUUUCGAAUUGGGAAACCUCAAUGGAUUGUGGCAAUGGUUGAAGGCAAAAGAAGUUCACAGAGACAAAUGGCAAAGAGGAGGAAUUGUUGGCCUAAGAAAAGAACUGACUAGAGGAGUUGCGUUUCAUCAUCAAUAAGUAGUUAGUACAAAAUUUUCAAUUUCUCAAAUUAGAUGCAUUUCGUGUAGUCAUGAUCAAUGUACGGUGCUAUUGUGAAUUAUUUGUUGACUGUCAAUUUUCACGUUUUUUGUGUUUUGAUUUCACAGUUUAAAAUAUGUUUUUAAAUUCAAGAAACAUUUAAAG